AUGGCCUUACCUAUCGACAAUGAAGUUGGCCUUCAAGGUGAAAAUGACAACUUGACGCCCAGGGCCGAAAGGCCGGUUUUCGACGUCGUUGGAGCUCGAGUCGAAGUGCCAUUAGAUGUUAAUUCGCAUAUAGCCAUUGAGGAAAACCUACGUUCUGAACCUGGAAAUAGCAUUCAUGGUGGCAGCAAUAGCUCAGUUGCAGAACCAAACCAAGAUACCGAGCAGGCCAGAGCCCAGUCCACCCUGAGAAGCCACCCACAAAAUGGAACCAGCCAAAGGAAGCUCUUGGAGAGCGUGGACGAGGAGGAAAAGAGGACGAAUAGGGAGCGGUAUAAGAUAGCUAAGAAGGAAGCAAAGUUAGCGGUUACAACGGCCAAGACUGCUGCGUUUGAACGCUUGUAUGAAGAACUUGGAGGCAAAGGAGGAGAUAAGAAGUUGUACACACUAGCCAAGAACUUGAAAAUGCUGCCUCCUGAUCAAGUUAGUCCUUGUGCUAAUGAUGAUUUCCAAGAUAAUCAACAGCAAUCAAAUCAUGUCAAGUUAUCAGUUCUUCACGAAUCGUUACAUCCAGUGACACUCAAAACAUUGCAGUUUGAAGAUAUUUCAUACACCAUAAAAUUAGAAAGCAACAAAGGAAUAAGUUAUUUUUCAACACCACAACGAAAGCAAAAUCGCGCUAUAUUACAAGGUGUUACAGGUAUAGUUCAUCCUGGUGAAUUUUUAGCUAUGUUAGGUCCAUCAGGAAGUGGAAAAACAACUCUAUUAACAGCUUUAGCUGAAAGACUCCCUGGAAAAUUAUCCACUGGCUCCAUUACAUACAAUGGACAACAAUUUUCGAGUUAUAUGAAACGAAAAAUUGGUUUCGUGACACAAGAUGAUGUAUUAUAUCCUCAUUUAACCGUGCUCGAGACACUAACAUAUGCUGCUUUAUUAAGGUUACCAAAAAAAUUAACCAAACAAGAAAAAACCGAACAUGCAGAGUUUGUUAUCGUCGAAUUAGGGUUAACAAGGUGCAAAAAUAGCAUAAUUGGUGGGUCUUUAUUCAGAGGAAUUUCAGGAGGAGAAAGAAAAAGGGUAAGUAUUGGACAAGAAAUGCUAGUAAACCCUAGUUUAUUAUUACUCGACGAACCAACUUCAGGACUUGAUUCGACUACAGCUCAAAGAAUUGUUGCAACGUUACGAUGGUUGGCUCGAGGUGGAAGGACGAUUGUUACAACAAUUCAUCAACCGUCGAGCAAGUUGUACAGAAUGUUUGAUAAGAUUAUUGUGUUAACUGAAGGUUGUCCAAUUUAUUGUGGGAAAAACAGCCAUGUUAUGGAGUAUUUUGAAUCCAUUGGUUAUGUUCCUGGAUUUGAUUUCAUGAACCCUGCUGAUUUUCUGCUUGAUUUAGCUAAUGGUGUGUCUCCUGAUACUAGGCAGGAUGAUCUGCAUGAAUCUUUACCAAAAUCAGAUCAAACUGAAAAUCAAAAUGCAACCAAACAGUUCUUAAUAGCCUCCUACAAGAAGAACAUUUAUCCAGCUUUGAAGGAGGAAAUUGAUCAAAGUUUCAGGCACCCGAUUCGAUUAUCAUCAAGAAGUCGUGAUGAAAAUCAAUGGACCACAAGUUGGUGGUUACAAUUCAAAGUUUUGCUACAAAGAGGACUUAAAGAACGCAAACAUGAGUCUUAUUCAGGCUUAAGAAUUUUCCAAGUCAUGUCUGUUUCAUUUCUCUCAGGACUCCUUUGGUGGCACUCUGAUACUAACCAUAUAAUGGAUCAGGUGGGAUUACUAUUUUUCUUCUCAAUAUUCUGGGGAUUCUUUCCAUUAUUCAGUGCAAUAUUUGCAUUCCCACAAGAGAGGCCAAUGCUUAUAAGGGAACGUUCCUCUGGAAUGUAUAGACUUUCAUCUUACUAUUUUGCAAGAACUGUGGGUGAUUUACCUAUGGAACUUAUACUUCCAACAAUUUUUGUGACAGUAACAUACUGGAUGGGAGGUCUAAAACCUUCGAUAAUCGCGUUUUUAUUAACCCUUUUAAUCAUUCUAUUAAAUGUGCUAGUUGCUCAAGGACUUGGCCUGGCCUUGGGUGCAAUAUUGAUGGAUGUUAAACAAGCUACAACGUUAUCUUCAGUGUUGAUGCUUGUGUUUUUACUAGCCAGUGGAUACUAUAUUCAGCACAUUCCAUCGUUCGUCGCGUGGUUGAAAUAUGUCUCGUUUAGUCACUAUUGUUACAAACUUCUUGUGGGAGUUCAGUAUUCGAGGUUUGAAGUUUAUGAGUGUGGAAUUGGUGAAGAAUGCAGAGUGAUGGAUUUUCCAGCUAUUAAAUGUCUUGGCAUUGAUAAUUUGGUAUUGGAUUUGGUAGCUUUGGUUGUGAUGUUGGUGGUUUUUAGGAUUUUGGCUUAUGUUGCUUUGAGGUUUUGGCAUCAAUAACAUUAUAGUAUUAGAAAUGUGAGUUAGAUUAACAUUUGUAUCUUCUUGAAGUUAAACUGAUUAACAUAUUAUUGUUCUGAA